CACACACACACCAUCUCCUCUCUCUAAACACACACACGCGCACACACACUCAGCCUCCUGCCAGACUCCCAGGCCAAACAGCGUCGCCAUACGGAACAUCCUGCCCUCAACGGAGAGGGGGAGGAGAGAGAGAGAGCGAGGGUAGAGAGAGCCUUGAGUGUAUAGAGAGAGAGAGCAGGAGAGAGAGAUAGAGAGGAGGUCUGGCGUCUCCCGGUACUAACUAUCGGGGCUGGUGCACAUAAACUCGCAGGAACAGACGGAGCGGAGGCACCGCCGCUUCAACCGGUGACCGGGAGCAGCGCGUGAAGCCGUGGAUUAAAAACAAGCAGACCGCAGACAGAGGGUCGCUCGGAUGUGAAGUUGGACCGACUACCGACACUCACCGAGAGCAGGCGGCAGCGGCGGAGGCUUUUGUUCACCCCCUCACCUCCUCCUCCUUCCCCCGAAGGCAGCGGCGGCACCGGGAGGCUGUGCACGCGCGCCCCGACCAUGAAGCUGCCUUGGCUGCUUGCGCUCGCGGCGCUUCUCCUCGCGCACACCGCCGCGGGACAGACGUGGUCGCCAUCCAUCGAUGACGAAGGCUCGACGAGAGACGAGUUCUACGAUGAUGAGGACCUCUACUCGGGCUCAGGCUCUGGCUUUCCUGAGGUCAGUGUGAGGCCGACCUCAGUGGGCGUGUCCUUCACCACAGAAGAGCCCCUCAUCCUCUCGACCACCCAGGCCACUAGCCCCGCCCCCUCCGCCUCACCUGCGGCCGAGCCCAGCCCAAGCCCAGAGGAGCCCACCGCCACCCCGACGCCCACCGAGGCAGAUGGAGAGAGUGGUGCAUUCUGGGAGCGAGAGCUGGAGAAGGAGAAGGAGCUGGAGAGAGAGAGGCAGAAGGAAUUGGAGAAGGCCAAGCAGCUGGAGAGGGAGAGAGAGAGGGAGAGAGAGAGGGAACGGGUCAGGGAGAUGGAGAGAGAGAGGGAGAGAGAGAAGGAGAGGGAGAGAGAACGUGAGAGAGAACGAGAGAAGGAGAGAGAGAGGCAGAGAGAGAGAGAGCUGGAGAGGGAGAGAGAGCUGGAGCGAAUCAGGGCUGCUGCUGCCGCCCAGACCACCGCUGCCCCAAAGUCACCUGCUGCCGUCCCUGUGGUGACCACCAACCCUGCAACCAGCCCCUCAGAAAGUGCAGCACCCUCGGCUGGUUCUGAUGACCUGAGCACCACAGAAGAAGAAGAGGACGUCUACCUGUCCCCGGAGCCUUCCUCGAUGUACCCCGGCUUCGACAUGGAAACCACCACAGAAGACAGAACCACCACAGCAGAGACCACACCCGAGGCCACAACAGCUUCUCCUACCACCACCACCACCGUCAGAACCAGGGUCCCCUUCAGGCCCAGGGUUCCCAUGACAACAGCCACUCAGGGGACGCCGACGGAGAGAGAGACACCUCCACAGCAGCCCACAACCACACAGGAGAAUAACAAUGAGGUGGGUGCUGCAGGACCAAGUGGAGAUUUCGAGAUUCGCGAUGAUCGUCGGAACGAACUUGGUCGAGGGAUACUGCCUGUAGAUCCUGAUCUGAUUGGCAACACAGUGGAUGGAGGAAGCUCUGCUGCGCAGCUGCCACAGAAAAACAUCUUGGAGCGAAAAGAGGUCUUGAUAGCCGUGAUAGUGGGAGGUGUGGUCGGCGCCUUGUUCGCGGCCUUCCUGGUGAUGCUGCUGGUGUACCGGAUGAAGAAGAAGGACGAGGGCAGCUACACGCUGGAGGAACCUAAACAGGCCACGGUCACCUACCAGAAACCAGACAAGCAGGAGGAGUUUUACGCAUAACACUCGUACGCCAGAGAGACACCGCACACCGAGGGAGAGAGAAAGAUGGAGAGAGAGAGAAGAGAGAUACUCUCAGUGCCCCCUCGUCCUCCUCCUCCUCUUCUUUGUUGCUCCAACCUCAUCUGCUCGCCUCUCCUCAUCCCUCUCUCCUCUCGUCUCCAAAACACUUGAGAGCGCCUUUCUCUCUGCGGACUUGGAACUUUCUUUUCAAUGAAAAUGAAAAAGAGGACAAAAAAAUCCAAAUAUAUUCUGAAAAAAAAAUCCCACAUACACACGAGAUGUUUUUAAAGUAAAUGUUGUUAUUAAUAUUCUACAGAUUCUCUUGUUCUGUAUGUAAUGAUAUGAUUAUUUUCUAAAAAAAAAACUAAACAGAGCAAAACACAAGCGCUUAACCUGUGUUUUCCAACACACAAAAGUCCCCCUCUUCUGUUUUUAUGGAGCAAAUGAAAGGCUUAAAGGAAAGAGGAGAGGAGAGGGGCGGAACGAGCUGAGGGAGACACAAAAGAGAAAAAAAAACAGCGUGAUGGGCUCGACUCUGCCCCUCACCCCCUCACAAAUAACACGUAGGGCGUCUGGUUGGCCACACAGAGCCAAGGGUCAAAGGUGAGAGGAAAGGUCUCUUUUGUGCCUUCCAUCCCUUUGGUGCUCAAACACUUACAUACAUACAGCCACAUAAACACACGCACAUGUACACACACACACACACACACACACACACACCACACUUGUAUCUGCUCGAAGGUGGCUCUGACCUCUCUCUCUGUGCUCAGCCAACCAGAAAACAACGCUCAACCCUUGGCGUGUUCCACAGCGUCGAGGAGCAACUGUGGAAACACCGGCUGGUCGCGUUGAGGCUCGCUCCACGGCCGUCUGCUCCUCUAAGCUGUACAAAGAGUAGUUAUGGAAAGUAAUAAUAAUCAAUAAUAUAUCAAUGUUUUGGGCUGAUGGUGAACAAUAAUAAUACCGUAAUAAUAAUAAUUAUGAUAAUAAUAAAACUUCAACAGGAGGAUGUGUAUUUAGCAGUUUAAAAAAAGUUUAUAUGUAAAUAUUGUAUCCUUUCUGACAUCACUAACCAUCUGCAUGAUCAUGAAGAGUUUUUAUUCAUCACAUUCGUCAUCACUCUAGAUGAGCUGUGCUCUCGUCAACCACACAAACACACACAGGCAUACACAGACACAUUAACACACCACACAGACUUUAAAUAUACUGUAGAUCAUCAUCAUUCAAACACAUAUCAACCCCAUCAUCAUCAUCAUCAUCAUCGCCAUUGUGAUAGUCAUCACUUUUGAUACGAGCGCGAUCGGGUGGUUUCAAUAUGUUAUUGAUUAGUUGUCAAUCAGUUGCUGCGGUUGGUUUAGAGUUUGGUCUGUUUGUAUAAAAGCACAACUAUCGUUUCAGUCAUCACGUUGUCCGCCAUCACGUUAACCCCCCCGACCCACACACCUUUUGCAUGCCUCACUUUGUUUUUCUUCCACCAUUGGCUCUCUGUUUGGGGAUGGGAGGGGCCACUGGGAAGCAUGAGGGGCUUUAACGAAAUCAGGAAGUGGAAAUCCGUGCAGGAAGUUGCUCACACGUGCACUAAUUCAGUCAAAAACAAAAUCACAGUUAAAGCAUUGGUUAUGAUUGGAAGAAAAGAAGACUGAAUCAGUGUUUGUGGUAUCAACUUAAACCUGCAGCACCAUUCUGGGGACCGGGUCAUGGGUAAUGGGGUUUAGGAUUCAGUUCGGGGAAGGGGAUUGUGAGGAGGGCUGUGCUUCUAUCUAAGAGAUUGUAACAAUAACCACACCAGUGUGACUGGGCUAGUAGCUUCUAUUAUACUCAGUACUGUAGAACAAAAAUGCAUGGGAGUCAAAACUAUACUAGUCUGGGUGUGCGUGGAUGCUUGUGUGUGUGUAUGUUUUUGUCCGUGUGUGUGUGAUAGAAAAAGAGGGUUGAGUUUAAGAUGGAAUGUACUGUGGUCGAGAGUGUGUUUACCUACCCCAGCAGUUCUCACGCUCUUCCACAGACAGGUAACACACCUCUUCUACUCCUGUGUGUACGUUGCCUGCCCCCUCGCCAGUGCGAGAAUAUGUGCGUGUGUCUGCACCUCAUCUAAAGCCACCACCUGUAUGUGUGUGUGUGCGCGUGAGUGUCUCACCUCGGUAUUUCACAGCAGACUCUUGUGUACACUGACUAGCCUGUCGAUGUGUGUGUCUGCGUGUGUUUAGUCUGUUCACUGCUGAAUGUGGGGCAGCUGGUCCCUCACAGUGGCUUUCACACACACACUGACUGUGUCUUCUCACUGUCUGUCUGUCUGACUCGGCCUGUCUGUCUCUCUGCAACAGGGACAGAUGGACAGGCAACACGCCACUUUCUCACAGGCAGGAAUGAUCUUAACACGUACUGUCUUUUCUAAAGUGACUGUCAAAAUGUAAACGUGUGUUUGUACCCAUAUAAGCCUGCGUAGCCAAAUAAGAUGUGUGUGUGUGUGUGUGUGGGUGAGAGAGAGGGUGGAUUUGUAUGUGUGAGAGUGUAGGUAUGUGCGAGUGUGUGUGUGUGUGUGUGAAGCCUAAUGGAGGCUACACUACUCUAUGUUUGCUGUUCCCAUUCCUGUUUUUAUACAUUUGCAUUUUUUUAAGGCUGAGUUUCUGUCAUUGGCUGAGUGGGCGAGAGGAGGCGGAUCCUCCACGCCACUGCCCUGUCACUAAUCUGCCACUCUGUUCCAAAUAAAAAAACCUGAUUGGGUAAA